AUGUUAAAUAAAAACUAUAACAAAUAUUAUAAAAAAGUGACCAGAUUUUAUAAUAACUACAUAAUUAGCAGUUACUUGAAGAUCCCAAAAACUAAUAUACUUCUAAUUAAUACUAUUUUAACUGAUCAAUAAGGCUAUUAGAUAGGAAGUUUUGUUUAUUACAACGAUAUUUCUAAGAAUUAAGAUAACAUAGUUAAUGCAAUCAAGCCUGAUUUUACUAUCAGAUAAAUGAAGUUUAUAGAAAGAACUAACAAAAUCCUAGCUAUCUCAUACUAUUCUGUAAUAAUUGCAGAUCCCUAUUCUUUAUAGGCAGAGUAAAAGCUAGUCUUUGAAAUGAUUUAGUCUGUUGACUUAAUAAAAGACUCUAAUUAUGCAAUAAUUUCUUCUAUCACUUGUUAGAGCUAUAUUAUUGACACAGUAAAUUUGUAACAAGUUGUUUCAUUUGAUGUUUGCUAAUAUGGGACAGAUGCCUUUUCUAAUAAUAUUUUCUCAAAAGCAUUUAAACUCUAAAAUGGUUUAUCAUUCAUAGCUAUCUUAGAUAAUUAACAAGGUAUUUAAACAUGGACUUUCAACUCUACUUCUACUUCUAUUUAAUUUAAUGGAUAUUUGCCACAACCAGCUUCUAAUGGCGUGUAUUUUGACAUAGACAUUCAUGAUAAAUAUGGCAUACUGUUUACAAUUGGAUCAAAUUAUUAAAUAACUACAUUUCAAAUAUAAAACUAGAAUAAUUAUUUUAAUUAUUAACAAUUAAGCAGCAUAAAUCUUGUUAAUACCAAUAACUAAAAUUUAACUAAUGUUAAAUAUGUUAUUUAGGAAACACCUUUAGGCUAUUAAUAAAGUCUCUAUCUUAGUGAUAUUAAUACAAUUUAUAGAUUAGAUUUUUAGUUUAAUUUAGAUCCAACAAAUCAAAUUGUUCAAUAAAUAGUCUUCACAAAUCAAAAUAAACCAGUUUAAUCUAAUCCAACAGCCUUUACUUGUUCUUAUGAUUAUGUUUAGGAUACCUUCCAAAGUCGUUAGUAUUACUUAAAUACAGCAUUUACAAAAUUGUACGAAGUAGAUUACAAUUAAGUUAAGUACUUUGUAACAGCUUAGUCAACUUCUUUAUAUGUUGCUAAAGAUAGUUUGAGUGGAUCAUUCGUUGAAACAGACUAACUUUAAUAUUAUGUAAAAUAAUAUCCUAACUCCUUCAUUAAAGUUUAAAAUUGCCCUCUUUGCUUUAUCACUUUAAUAUAAAAUUAUUGGGCAAAUUUGUGGUAUUUUUAUAAUUUAAAUCUUGACUAAGUUAACUAAAAUAUUGAUGCCUACUAUGAUGGAUAAAAUUCAAUUUGGGUUCUGAUUGGUCUCCCUUUUAAAUAUAAUAAUGAAAAUUAUUUAUUUGGAAUUCUUGAUCCUUGUAAUUUAUUGUUUAAAACUUUAUCAUCUGAUAAUCAAGAUGAUAACAUAAAUAAAACUUGCUAUGCUUUAUAUUCUCAUCCUAAUUAGCUAAUAAUAGGACUUGAUAUUUAUGGAAAUGUUUAUGCUUGGAACUCUUAAAAAAUUGAUUAAUUCAUGUUCAAAAAAACGAUAACUGGAUAUUCAUGCUUGAACUCAGGUAUUGGGCAACUUUAUAAUUAUGGAGCAAAUAUUUAUCUUAUCGCAGUUUGUGAAGAUUAUUAAGUAAUUAGCUAUAAUAUAAUGACAGAGAACACAUAAAUCUUAGUUAAACUCAAUUCUAAACCAAAUCAUAUUAACUCUUUUGAAGAGUCUAAUUUACUUGGGAUUGGAGAUAGAGACACUAGUGAAAUUUAUUUAUAUCAAUUUAAUUAAUAAACUGGCUUAUUUACUAUUUUUAUGAAUUUCCUUAACAAUUAAAAUAAAGAUAAAUCUAUUAAUUUAACCUUUUAUCCAGAUACUUAGUUGCUAUGGAUUUAGUAUUAGUAUAGUAAUAUCUAUAUUCCAAUUGGAAAUUGCUUAUAAAAUGUUAAUAAUUGCUUAAAUUGUUCGAUGGACUUUUAUUUUAAAACUAAUGAAGUUUAGUUAUCUGAUUAGUCUUAUGGGUUAGGUACUAUUGAUUCUCCUUUUACAACUUCUAAAGGUUUAAUAUAAGCCUUUUUAUAAAUGCAAUAUUAUAGCUAACUAAUUUUUGGAAUAAAAUCGAUACAAGCCAAUUUUUACAUAGACCCAUCUAAUAAAAUAACAAUUUAUUAAGAGCUUUUAGGAAUUUCAAAUGCUAAAAUGAUUAAUUUAAGGAUGGUAAGUACAAAUCCUCUAGCUUUAGCAUAAAUUUUGGUUUAAAAUAUAUUAAUAUUCUCAAAUUUUUUAUAAAUUAAUUUAGAAAAUAUUUUAGUCAUAUAUAAUUUUUCGAAUAAUUAAACUUAAUAAUGUGGGAUGUAAUUUGAAAGUAUCAUUUAAUAAGUCACAAUUAAUAAUGUUAAUCAUCAAUCCUCUAAUUCUUCAAUCAAAUGCUACUCUAUUCUAGUGAACAACUCAACUGUAGUUUUAUCUAAUAUAAUUAUAUAAAAUGAAGAUUUUUCUAAUUUUGAAAAAAUGAUAUAAAUUUAGAAUUCUUAGCAAAUUACACUUAACAAUAUUUAGAUUAUUAAAAGUAUUCUAAAUAGCCAAUUCAGUAUUUUAUCAUAACAAAAUGAUGUCAAAGUAAUAAUAAAUAAAGUUUUAGUCUAAGAUAACAUAUGUAAUACCGAUGAUACAUCUUAAAACUAAUAAAUAGGACAGUUAUUUUAGGCUAGCUAAUAUCAAGUUGAUGAUAUGCAAAUUUUAUCUAAUAAAUUUUGCAACCUAAGAAUAUUCUCAACAAUAAGCAAUAUAAACUAGCUUAAUUAUGUUUUUUCUUUUAACAACAUAAUUAUUCAAAAGAAUUAGUUUUUGACUAUCUCAUCCUAUCUAUUUUUCAAUGCAAUUUACUAUUUUAAUCUUUUACCUAUGCAUACACUUAUACUAACAAACAUUUAUUGCUCAGAUAACCACUAUGUUCCUAAAUAAACAAAUCAAGCAAAUAUCAACAUCUCAAUAACUUAGUUUUUUUAAAUCAAUAAAUUAAAAAAUAUUACUAUUUCAAAUAUAACAUUCAUGAAUCAUUAUGAAAUUGCUUUCUCAACAAUUUCUUAAUCUUAAUAGGCCAUAUUAUAUAACAUAUCCUGUCUUAAUGAUCUAAGCUAUUAGUAAAGUAUUUCAGCUAAUUUCCCUUAUGCAGGCUGUACUUCAUUUAAUGAUAUCAAUAUUCUAUAAUUAAAUGUAUUUAAUUCAAGUUUUAUAAGAGGAGUAGAUAAUUCCAUUUUAGAAAUUAUCAACUAAAGUUAUGAGAAUAAUCUGAUUAAUUUAACAAAUAUUUCAGUAUAAAACUCCUAGUUUUAUUAGAAAUAAGUAAACUCGUAUUCAAAUCCUAUAUUCAUCUCAUCAGAAUAUUAUUCAAAUAUAAGUAUAUCUCUUUCCCAUUUUAAUAAUAACACAUUAAACGGUCUUCUAAACUCAUAAACUUAUUCAACUACUGGAAUCUAAAUAAUUAACUCUUUAGGAGAUAUUUACUUAAAUAACAAUACUUUCAGUAAUUCAAAGUCUAAUUCCUUUUAUAAUUAUUUGUAUUUUUAGAUUAAAAAUGCAUUUAUAAACAACAUUAAUUUUUCUCAGUCUUCUUUUGAUUUUUCAGACAAUCCUACUUUAUUUACUUAAGAAGGUGGAUGUAUAAGAAUAAAAUCUAAUUAUUUGCAAAUAAAAAAUAGUUAAUUUAGUUAAUCAACAUCUAAAAUUGGAUCUUUUAUCUAUAUUGAACCCCUAAGCUAGUAAUUAUAGAUAAUUAUUUAGCAUUCAUCCUUCUCACAAGGAUAUUCUAGCAAUGAUGGUGCUGCUAUAUAUAUAAACUCUCAAAAUACUUAAUUUGAUUUACAGAUAUAAUAUACCAAUUUCACAGAUAUUUAUGCUUUAUCUGAAAAUUCUAAUGCCAUAUCAGUUUUAUAGAACUCUCCUCAAACAUAAUCAAAUAUAUUAAACAAAAUAACUUUUACAUAAUUGUAUGUUUAAAAUUUAAUGGGUUUAAUUAAUUCAUCUUUCUUGAAAGUGAUUAACUCUUUAAUUACCAUUUAAGGAAUGAUAGCAACAAAAUUGAGUAUUUAAAAACUACCAGAUUUAUUAAGCGUUUAUUAAGAUAAAAUAUCUUAGCUGACUAUAUUAGAUUUUUAGAAUACAAAUAUUACUUUAUUAGAUUGCGAGUAUUUUUCUUUGUAAAGUUUAGCAUCCUCUAGCUUCCCGCUUUUGAUUAAAUCAAUUAACUCUUAAAUUUAAAUAAUCAAUACUAAUACUUAUUCAUCAAAUUUUUCAUAGAGUUUAAUAGACCUCAAUUAAGGAUAACUAACUAUCAUAAAAUCUAAAUUCUACAAUUUAACUUAGGUACUUCCCAAAUCUAGAGUAAUACAACAAUCAUCCAAUAAUUAAUUAAAUAACCAAUUCAACUCACUUAUUAAAUUAACUAAUGGAAAUCUAAAAGUUUUAGAUAAUUCUGUUUUUAACAAUAUUAAUUGUCAAACAAAUUGUUAUGGAUCUUCAAUUCUUCUAAACUAUUCUUCAUUUCAAAUCUAUGACAGCUAUUUUAUGAAUUCUUUAGCAUUAAAUGGAGGAGCAAUAUCACUGUUUGGCUUAAAUUCUACCAAUAAUAUUAUCAAUAAUACUAAUUUUAUAAAUAAUCAAGCUACAAAUAAUGGUGGAGCUUUGUAUUUACAACUAUUUGAGAAAGAUGUAUUUUAAAUAAAUAUGAAUAGAUCUUAAUUUAUUGAAAAUAAAGGUCUCUAAGGAUAUGGAGGAGCAUUUUAUAUUACAUCAUAAUCUGCAAACUCAUAAAGUUAAUAAAUAAUUUUGUAAGAUUGUUAAAUAUUACAAAAUAGAGCUAAAGUAGGAGGUGGAAUAUACAACUAAGGUAUUAAUCCUGUUGUUGAUUCAAAGUCUUUGGUAGAGCAUAAUUUAGCAAUCCAAUAUGGAGAUGAUAAAUUUUCAUAUCCUUCAUAUUUAGAAUUGAUAAAUCAAUCAAGCUUUAAAAAUGAAAUUAAUAUGUAGACAAUCAUUUUAUAUUAAUUUAAAAGCGGUGGAAGUCUUCCUGAAUUCGUAUUUCAAUUAAGAGACAGCAGCAAUAAACCUGUGACUUAAAUUGACGGGUAAUCAUAUCAAGCAAAUAUUUAAAUAAGUAAUAGAACAAGCUAAAAAGAUAAAUAUUAUUUUAGAGGAAACUCAUAAAUUGCCAUGGAUGUAAAAUAAAAUAUAUUCAAAUUUGAUCAAAUUGAUUUUAUAGGAAUACCAGGUUCUUAGUCUUAUAUAGAAUUUACGUCAGAUACAAUUAGAAAUUACAAUAAUUAUACUCAUUAGUAUGAUUCAAACUAUUCAUUUAUAGUGUAGGUCAACUUUAGAAACUGCUAAUAUGGGGAAUAUAUAAAUUAGUACAACAAUUACUAAGAAUGCUAAACAUGUGAGGAUGGUAAAUAUACACUAGAUUAUACAGCAUGUUAUGAUUGUCCUAUAGGGGGUACCUGUAAAGAAGGCAUAAUUGAAUUAAAAGAAGGUUAUUGGAGAGACUAGUAAUAUAGUGAUAAUAUAGUAUUUUGUACAAAUAGACCAUAAAAUUGUAUUGGAAACACUUAUGGAAACAAAGUUUGCAUAAAUGGAAAUAUAGGACCACUUUGCGAAGAAUGUGAUAUAUAUGGAGAAUAUUGGUAAGAUAGUUAUACAAGGAAAAAUAAAUAUGAAUGUAUCAAAUGCAAAGAAAUCAAAGAUGAUUCAUGGAAGUUAAUUUUAAGUGUUUUUUGGAUUUUAUUUUCAGUUCUCCUAACAGUAAAAAGUGAUAAAAAAAAUUAAUAAAGUAGAAUUCUGUAAUAUGCCUUUUUCAAAAAUAUAUAAACUAAUGCUAAGUCUACAAAAUAACAGAUUUACUAAUAUUAAUAGCAGUCUAAGGUUUAUAUAAAAAUUCUAACAAAUUACAUAUAAAUCAUAUCUUCAGUUUUUGCUUUCAAUUUAAAUUUUGAUUAAUAAAUACUUUAAAUAACUCAUUAUCUAGGAGCUCCAGUUUCAACUUCUGUUGAUUAUUUUGAUUGCAUUUUAAAAGAUUCUACUUUAAAUAUACCUUUAAUUUAUCAGAAGCUUAUAAUUUUAAUUAUAUGCCCAUUUUUGGUGAUGAUUAUUUAUUUAGCAUAUGAAGCUGUUCAUCAAAAGCUUAUCAAUAAAUCAAAAAAAUUUUAUCAUUAUUCAUUAUACUGUGCUUUUAUAUUCUUAUUUAUCUACCUUCAACCUGAUUUAGUAUAUUAAAUGAUUAGUCUACUCUCUUGUAGAUAAGUUGGAUAAAAUUAAUACAUAUUAGCUAACAUGAAUCAUUAAUGCUUUACAGAAACAUACAAUUUUUAUAGCCAAAUCUUAGUCAUACCAUCUUUAAUAGUUUGGGUGAUUAUUUUUCCUAUGAUUUUAUUCAUACAGAUUUAUAUUUCAAAGAAAAAGUUUAGCUUGAACAAUAUUUAAGUAAAUCUAAAGUAUGGGUUUUUAUACUAAGAAUAUAAAGAAAGUGCUUACUAUUGGGAGUUUGUUAAAAUUAUUUAGAAAACAGUAAUUAUUAUAGUUUUAAAUUUUUAUUCUUAAGCUUUAAUUGUGAAAGGUAGUUUAGUUUAUAUAGUCAUUCUGUUUUAUCAGUUACUUGCUACAAAAGUAAAGCCUUACUAAAUUGAUUAGCUGAAUAAAAUAGAUAUUUAUUCAACAAAAGUUUGUGGACUCAGUAUUUUAUUUUGCAUAUUCAUAAGCAAUAAUUAAUAUUACUACUUUUAAGUGUGUUACUUUAUUAUAAUAAUAGCUCUAAACUUGUUAUUUAUACUUAAUAUAGGAAUAAAAAUAAUAAAACAUAAAUAAAAUUAAAUUAUUUAAUUUUUUUAAAGAGCGUCACUUAAAUGUCCAUAAAUUUAGAGAUGCUUAAGGUUUAACCUAUAAAAAAAGUAAAUAAAUCCAUAAUUGAAAUAAAAAUUGAAGAAACAGUUUACCCAUUUUUUAAAUUUAAAUUUAUCAUAAAGAAAAGACUUAUUAUAAUCUCUUAAAAUUUCAAGAGGUAAUUAUUAUUUUAAAUAAUUUAUUUUUUUAACAAUUUUAUAAAUUAAUAAUCAAUUAGCAUAGCUAAAUUCAGAAGUAAUUGAAAAAAAUAAAAACUUUUUCUUAGCAGGUAGCCCAUAAUAUGAAUUUUCUCCAAAUCUCUAUAACUUAAAAGAAGAAAGUGAUAUUGUAUAAUCAAAUGCUUUGUCAUCAAUUGGUUAAGUCUAAUCUAUUAUAGCAAUAGAAAAUAACAAUUAGAAUGAAAUUAAUAAAAAAAUUAAUAACUACUUUAAAAAGAAAUGUAAACAUUAUUUCUUAAUUUUUUAUCAUAUUAAUAAUCAAAUUUAAAAUAAAGAACAAAAUAUAGAUCUAAAAGAAAUAUAACUUUCUGAGUUCAAUAAGACUUAAAAAACCUAAACAAAUUAGCAAAACCCAUUUAUUUUAGAUAAUAAAUUAUCUUAAUUACAAGCAGAUAAUGAUGAUAUUAUGUUUAUCUCUCAAAUGGAAUAAGUUUCCUAAUUUCACUAAAAUUAAAAAAAAUAAAAUUAUUGA